AUGUCAGCAAUAUACAAGGCCCUACAAUCAAAGUCCUCCAAAGAGACACUGGACAAGACAAAACACAUCAACAGACAACGACUCCUCGUGAUUUCAUCUCGUGGAAUAACAUUUAGACACCGCCACUUGAUUCAAGAUUUACUAAAUUUGCUUCCUCACGCUAGGAAAGAACCCAAGUUCGACACCAAGAAGAACUUGUAUCAACUAAAUGAAGUAGCCGAGUUGUACAACUGCAAUAACAUUUUUUUCUUUGAGUGCAGGAAGCAUCAAGACUUGUACUUGUGGGUCGCUAAACCGCCCAAUGGCCCCACCCUCAAAUUCCACGUGCAAAACUUGCACACGUUGGACGAACUCAACUUUAUCGGCAACUGCUUGAAAGGCUCAAGGCCAGUUCUUAGCUUCGAUAAGCUGUUUGAGCUGAAUGACCACUUUAGAUUGUUGAAGGAAAUGUUCACCCACUCAUUUGGCGUGCCUCCAAACGCGAGAAAAUCCAAGCCAUUCACUGACCACGUUAUGACCUUCAGUAUCGUUGACGGUAAAGUUUGGAUCAGAAACUACCAGAUUAAUGAAACUUUGGAGACAAAGGAAAACGACCAAGGUGAAGACGACGUUGAUGUCGAUGGAUUGAACUUGGUUGAAAUCGGGCCUCGUUUGGUAUUGACGUUGAUUACGAUAUUGGAAGGUUCAUUUGGUGGGCCCAAACUCUAUGAAAAUAAAGAAUAUGUAUCGCCUAAUUUUGUUAGAGCUCAAAUUAAACAGAAGUCUGCUCAACAGGCGAGAAGUAGAGCUGAUGCUGCCUUGGAGAGAAAAGUCAAAAAGAGAAACCAAGUGUUGAAACAGGAUCCCUUGUCCAAUGAUGCGUUGUUCAAGGAUGAAUAG